AUGGUAGAAAAAACUCCCUUCAAAACAGCUCCACCAAUAUUAGAAAAGUCUGGAAUAAUCUCUUUCUUGGAACUUGCGAAUAUGGUGAACGAUCUCCGUUAUCCUACUGCUGAAGAUGAAGCUCAGAAGCACAAGCUGAAGCGCCUUGUCCAGGCCCCUAACAGCUAUUUUAUGGAUGUCAAGUGCCCCGGUUGCCUGACUAUUACCACUGUGUUCAGCCAUGCACAGACCGCUGUUGUUUGUGAGAACUGCAAUGCCCUCCUUUGCACUCCUUCCGGAGGUAAGGCUCACGUCGUUACUGGAUGCUCCUUCCGUGUGAAGAAGUAAAAGGGUGUACAAGGUGAUAUACAGAUUAUUCCUUAGA